ACUCAAACGCAAACAGCGUUAGGCAAAGUAAAAGUUAAAGGUAUUUAUUUACAUUUGACAUGGAGCAUUGUUCAUAUCAAAAACAGAUUGAUGUCACGAACGACACGAUUGCUUCCUUGCGAGAGCGCCUACGACGCAUGGAGCAGAAGUUGAAUGAUCCCGCACUUCCCGAAGAUCGAAGACGUGAAAUGUCGCUUGAGCUAAAAGAAAUCAACAAGCUACUUGAAACUAACGAAGAGCAGUUGAAGCUGAUGCACAAGGAAAAUUCCAAAACAUUCGUAGUGGCAGCAUGUUUAUUUUUUAUUUGCUUUCUUGUUUACGGUCUGUACGUUUUAGUAAACGGAGUGUGACUAACUGAAAAUAGCAUAGUAAACUACACAUUCCGGCUGAUGAGAAG